CUGGAGUAGGCGACAGUGCCUCAGCUUUGCAUUUAUAUGGCAAGAAAUAAACAUCCUCAUACCUGUCUGUAACUAGACUAUUGAUACCUCAGAAUAAAAAGGGGAGAGCAGGUGCCUUCAUCUCAGCACAAGCUUGCCAAAGCUAUCAGAGCCACUACCAUGGAUCAGAAGUGUCUCUGGGCAGGUCUAGUGAUCUUGAUGCUCCUCCAGGGAGGAUCGGCCUACAAACUUGUUUGCUAUUUUACCAACUGGUCCCAUGAAAGACAGGAACCAGGAAAAUUCACCUAUGAGGAUAUUGACCCUUUCCUCUGCUCUCAUCUCAUCUACGCCUUUGCCGGCAUCAGUAACCAUAAGGUCAUCGUCAAUGACAAGAAUGCUGCAAUGCUUUAUCAGACCAUCAACAAUCUCAAAACCAAGAAUCCCAACCUGAAAAUUCUCUUGUCCAUUGGAGGAUACCUGUUUGGCUCCAAAGGGUUCCACCCCAUGGUUGAUUCUUCUACAUCACGCUUGGAAUUUAUUAACUCUGUAAUCCCGUUUCUGAGGAACCAUAAUUUUGAUGGAUUAGAUAUAAGCUGGAUCUAUCCAGAUAGGAAAGACAACGCUCAAUUCACUGGGCUGAUUCAUGAGUUAGCAGAAGCCUUUCAGAAUGACUCUGUAAAAUCCACCAAAACAAGGCUUCUCUUGACUGCUGGCGUGUCUGCUGGAAGGCAGAUGAUUGAUAAUAGCUAUCAGAUCCAGAAACUGGCAGAAGACGUGGAUUUCAUCAAUCUCCUGUCUUUUGACUUCCAUGGACCUUGGGAAAAGCCCCUCGUCACUGGACACAAUAGCCCUCUAAGAAAGGGGCAGCUGGACAAAGGGUCAGGCUCUUACUAUAAUGUGGAGUAUGCUGUGGGGUACUGGAUACACAAGGGAAUGCCUGCAGAAAAGGUGAUCAUGGGAAUCCCCACGUAUGGACACUCCUUCACACUGGCAUCUGCGAACACUGACCUGGGGGCCCGUGCCUCUGGUCCUGGAGCUGCUGGUCCCUUCACCAAGUCUUUAGGCAUCCUGGCCUAUUAUGAGAUCUGCCAGUUCCUGCAAGGAGCCAAGAUCACCAGGCUUCAGGAUCAGCAGGUCCCCUAUGCAGUCAAGGGGAACCAGUGGGUGGGUUACGAUGAUGUGGAGAGUAUGAAGACUAAGGUUGAGUUUCUAAAGAAUUUAAACCUUGGAGGAGCCAUGAUCUGGUCUGUUGACCUGGAUGACUUCACAGGAAAAUCCUGCCACCAGGGCCCCUAUCCCCUUGUUCAAGCUGUCAAGAAAAGCCUUGGAAACCUCAUCGCUUCUCAGCCUUUUGGCUAAGAUCAAGUGUGGAAACCUAUGAAGUUAACAAAACAGUUUGAGGCUGAACUGAAAGCUGAACCGAUGAGCUCUUGCUGCCUGCUGCUCCACAUGAGUUCCCUGUGAGAGUCCCCUUGGCAAGCUGGCCUCCACACCUUUCUUCCAAACAUCCUCAGACAUUUUCCUUGCAGUUGUUGAUUUGUGUUUGUUUUUACAGCACAACUAAACAAAAUUAAA